AAAACCCGCUGCCAAAGAUGUGUUGGGUGGGUGGUUAGGGUGGAGGGUGUUCAUUCAGUUUUAAAUAGUGGAAUAGCUCCUCACAGUCUUUAGCAACAGAAACAAUGGAGGAAGGGUUCAAUCUCUGCAUCCUCAUCUCCAUUUCUUUUCAAUUCCUUCUUCCAACCAGUGGAAUUCUGAACAAGUCAAAUGAGCUGGUUUCAUACUCAGCCCAAGGUACCGCUGUGUGCUCAGUCAUAAAUUGUGGGCAAGGAGCUUGCAAGGCAUCUCAUGCUUCAUUUCUUGGUUUCGAUAUGCGUGCAGUUCUGGUUGGAGGAAACUCCAAAUUGGUCUCUUCACCUUCCCUUAUUGUAUUAUUCCCAACUGCACUGCCGAAUUCUAAAGUGGCAGCGGAUCUCUACUUCAACCACCACUGCCACCAGCAACGGUGGUUCCUUUCCUUCAUAUACCAUUGGGUUUCUCGAACUGUUGCCGGGUUGUUUGGGGUGGUAAUGGAACCUGCGUGGCCGAUUGAGCAGCUUUGUUCCUACACACUUGCCACUGCGGCAAAGGCUUCGGGAAUCUAUUGACCUGACAUUCUUACCAUGCUUUAAACACAGAUCGGCCCACAAACUGAAAUGCUCAUGGAAUUUCCCUUCCUUUGCCAUGCAAGUAAUUGCUGUGACCAACCUAACAUGGCUCUGAAAGAUGCUUACAAUCAUGGGCAUGACACCAAUAUUUUGCGGUUACCAAAAGACCCUUGGACUUAGCAUUGGGCUAAAAAAAGGCCAUCUUCUUGUGGCCUACACGGACUGGCUCACAAGGUUAAGCUCAGCCCAUUUACAAAGGGACUUGGGCAAAAGAGAGGAGGAAGAAGAAGAAGAAGAAGAAGAAGAAGAAGAAGAGCCAUACAUUAGUUAAGUGGAUAGAGAGUUGGAAGAAUUUUCUGACAUUUGAUUCAUGUGAUUUAGUGUCAUGUCAUGUUGGUUCUAAUUGCUCUCAAUCUUUUUGGUGAUAAUAUUAUUCAGAAAGAAGACAAAUGCAUGUGCCCAAAGAAGAUCCAUAUCCUCGUGGAAGGUGAUGUUUAGAGCCAGAGCCAAAUCCAAAGCCAAAGACAAAACUAAACGUUAGCUUUUUUUCUCCAAUUUAACGUUUUGUUUCUUUUUCCCAUUGUCUUAUUUACAAAAACCAAAACUAUACAACUUGCUUUUGUGA